AUGGACGCCGCCUCGACUGCCAUACAGACCAGCACCGAAGCCGCCCCGCACCCGGCCGACGACACAACCUCCUCCACCACCGGUUCCCAAUCCCGCAUAGCACAUACCCUGACCGCCUGCUGCCGCUGCCGCACUCGCAAGACACGUUGCGACCCUGGCCUCCCCCGGUGUGGGCCCUGUGAGCGCACAAACUCCCACUGCGAGUACUACGACCCUGCCAAAGGCCGCAAGAUACCGCGCAAUUAUGUUGUCCAUUUGCAGCAGAAAGUCCGCCAACUCGAGAAGCAGCUGGCUGACCUCGAGCGAGACGAUGCCGAGCCGGACCCUGAGGAUGUCAUGCGCGGGGCCGCCACUGUGCGUGUCCAGGACUCGGACGAGUCAAAGUUUCUAGGCCCCUCGAGCGGCAUCACCAUCACGCGCCUCGUCAUGCAGCUGGCCAAGCAGUUUACAGAGUCCAAGAGCAUUUCCGAGAUUGUGCCACACUCGCGCGCAAAGGACAUCAAGGACACCUUCACCCAAGAAGAUCAGCGACCCACCUCCAAGAUAUACUCCAUGGUUAGUGAUGUAGCGGCAGAGGAGCUGCCCAGUAGAGAACUCACCAACUUGCUCGUUGAGCUCUUCUACUGCAAAGUGCACCCCAUGUACCCCCUCUUCCACGAGCCCACGUUUACAAAGGACGUCGACGAUGUUUACAAUGGCUCCACAGACCCUUAUCAGAACUACUGCCUGCGCAUGGUCAUUGCCAUUAGCCUGCAGAAAAUGGACACGCAGUGGGUUGGUCUAGCCGACAGCUACUACCUCGCAGCCCUCAAGUACUUCGAAGCCGCCAUCAAGCCCAUGAACCUCAAGACGCUACAAUGCUUUGGCCUAGUAGCAGGCUACUCUCUUCUAACGCCUACAAGAACCGCCGUCUAUUACAUCAUUGGCCUCGGCGUGCGACUGUGUCAAGCAUUGGGCUUGCACGAAGAGAAGACCAUUUCCAUGGGCCCAGGUGGGCGUUCAGCAGACCCCCUGGAAGUCGACAUGCGCAGGCGUCUAUUCUGGAGUAUCCUUACCAUGGACUAUGGGCUAUCACACAGUCUAGGCCGACCCGCCCACUUUGCCACGCGCCGCGAACACAUUGACGUACAAUUUGGAGAACUUGUCGAUGACUGCUACAUCACCAGAGAAGGAAUAAAGCCCGCGCCCCAGGCAUCACUCAAGAAAUGGAUCGGCCAACACUUCUAUAAGAUGCGCUUGCUACAACUCGAAAUACGCAAGAUGCUGUACCAAAAGAAGAAACCCGAGCCCAAAGAUGACCAGCACCCCUGGUUUGCUCAGAUGCUAGCAAAGAUUGAGGCCUGGCGAGACACGAGUCCGGAAAUGGACGGCGGCUCGGGUUUGAACAAGGUUUGGUUCAUUGGACGAUACAACACCAUGGUCGUCUUCAUGUACCGCCCUUCCCCACAAGUCCCCCGACCGUCGGUCGAUGCUGCGAUCCGCUGCUUCGACGCAUGCCGGUACAACAUCUACAUGACCAUGAAGCAGAUUGAGACCAAGAGCGUAGACGUCACCUGGAUCUUCACCCAAUCCAUUUUCAUGUGCAUCAACACUAUGCUCUGGACCCUGUCUUACUCCGAUGUACGAAAACUCCACAGUCGGGAAGAGGUCGAAGGCCAUCUCGUAGUCGCCAUGGAGUCAAUUAAACAGGCGUCUGAACGAUGGCCCGGUGUCGAGUCUGCUAUUGGCCUGUAUCACAACCUGAUCAGCGCAUGCAUGAAGAUCUUCGACAAAGACGGCGACGUCCCAAUCUCGGCUAGCUCACCAUCCGACACUGCAUCAGUAGCAAACGGCAACGUAGAUGGUAUCAACCGGUCAAGAACUACAAGUCCAGCAACAGCGUCCACGGCAUCGGUGGGCACACCGUCCGACAGGGUGACAGCGCCAUUCGGCUACAUACCAAGCAAUCAACCGCUCUUCAACUUUGGCAAUGGACAGACGAAUGCACCCGCCCCAUUCUCCAGUGCGCAAAGUGUGCAGCAGGCUGAUUUGCACUCAUCACCCCAACAGCCUCCAUCCAUGACAUACAAUGAUAUGAGCCCGAAAACGUCGGUCGAUUCCAACAUACCCAUUUACACUCACCCAUCCACCACACAAUUCAACUCGCUCCCUACAACCUUUGCGGAGCUACCUCAAUGGAACCCGACUUUUACCAUGCCGCCCCAAGACAACUACAACAUGUCCAUGGCCUCACCUUUCUACAAUGAAUCGUAUGCGGCCAAUCAGGGCUAUGAAAUGGCCGAUUAUCUCAAUCCAGCCUGGAGCCAAGACUCCAGAGGGACGGGACUGAAUCAGCAACAGCAGAUGGAGCUGAUGCACGAUUUCGAGAUGAACGAAUCCAAGAACAUUGAGAUGAUGAUAGAACAGAGCCACCAGCUCUUCCGGCCCCCGCAGCUGCACAACUACUGA